CAGGAAGCGGCAGCCCGGCCGGCCGGCCACUUGGGGCUGCGCGGGGCGGUCGGUCGGGGGAAAGGGGUGCGCCGAGCAGAGCUGCCCGUCGGAGGGAGCGAGGGACCGGCUGAGCGCGUGGAACUUUCCCCAACUCGGAGACCCGCCCCGGCUCGCCAGGCUCGGCGGCGGAGGACGCGCCCUCCCCGCCCUCGGUCCGCCCCCCGCAGAUGCCCAGAGCCGCCACCGGGCAGCGCAACGCAGGGCUCGCCCGCCGCUCCACCCGCCGCCGCCGCCAAAGGAAUGCGCCCGAUUCCAGAGCACCGCCGGCCCGAUCCUCGCCUACUCUAAGGUGCACCGAUCUCAUUGGAUUAACUAAGAAAAGACAAGUUUUCUGCAAUAUGAACAGAAGGCAAAAUUGUGAAGGCAUGAACAGGGCGAGUGUUUCCAAGCCACAACUUAUAUGUCUACUUUUAUUUUGGGGGAUUCUGCUCUCCUCAGUUGAGGGGACAUCAAAGCACAAUGUUCCAAGACUUAAGCUGUUUUACAAAGACUUGCUGCUUUCGAACAGCUGCGUUCCAUUCCUGGGCUCAGUGGAGGGACUGGAUUUUCGGACCCUGCUCCUUGACGAAGAAAGAGGUCAUCUCCUGCUCGGUGCUAAGGACCACAUCUUUCUGCUCAGCUUAGUUGACUUAAACAAAAAUGGAAAAAAGAUAUUUUGGCCCGCAGCAAAGGAAAAAGUGGAUUUAUGUAAACUAGCCGGGAAAGAUGCCCAUACAGAAUGUGCCAACUUUAUCAGAGUCCUUCAGCCCUACAACAAGACUCAUGUUUAUGUCUGCGGUACAGGAGCUUUUCACCCAGUCUGUGGCUACAUUGAGCUUGGAACACACAAAGAGGAUGUAACGUUCAGAUUUAAUUCUCACAACUUAGAAUCUGGCAGACUGAAAUGUCCCUUUGACCCUCAGCAGCCUUUUGCAUCUGUCAUGGCAGAUGGGUAUCUUUACUCUGGAACAGCCUCAGAUUUCCUGGGCAAAGACACGGCACUGAGCCGAUCUCUAGGCACAUCGCAAGACCAACACUGCAUCAGGACAGACAUGUCUGAACACUACUGGCUAAACGGAGCGAAGUUUAUUGGAAUCUUUCCUAUCCCAGACACGUAUAAUCCGGACGAUGACAAAAUCUAUUUCUUUUUCCGAGAAGUUUCCCAAGAGAGCAGCACCUCCGACAGGGCCAUUCUGUCCUACGUGGGCCGCGUCUGCAAGAAUGACAUAGGAGGUCAACGCAGUCUGAUCAACAAGUGGACAACAUUCUUGAAAGCAAGGCUGGUUUGCUCCAUCCCAGGUCCCGAGGGAGCUGAUACAUAUUUUGAUGAACUUCAAGACAUAUUCUUGCUUUCCACAAGAGAUGAAAGGAAUCCUAUGGUGUAUGGUGUUUUCACAACCACCAGUUCUGUGUUCAAGGGCUCAGCAGUUUGUGUCUACAGUAUGGCCGACAUCAGAGCAGUUUUCAGUGGCUAUUAUGCCCACAAAGAAAGCGUGGACCACCGCUGGGUUCAAUACGAUGGGCGAAUUCCAUAUCCUAGGCCUGGCACAUGUCCAAGCAAAACCUACGACCCCUUGGUCAAGUCCACCAGGGAUUUCCCCGAUGAUGUCAUCAGCUUCAUCAAGCGCCACCCCCUGAUGCAUAGGGCGGCCCACCCAGCAAGUCGGGCUCCGGUCUUCACUCAGAUCAACGUGGACUACCGGCUGACUCAAAUCGUGGUGGAUCGUGUGACAGCUGAAGACGGCCAGUAUGACGUCAUGUUUCUAGGAACAGAUAUAGGAACAGUGCUGAAAGUUUUGAGCAUCGCCAAAGAAAAAUGGGACAUGGAAGAGGUGAUCCUGGAAGAACUACAAAUAUUCAAGCAUCCAUCACCUAUUUUGACCAUGGAGAUGUCUCCAAAGCAGCAACAAUUGUACAUUGGUUCCAGAAAUGGACUGGCUCAGCUUUCCUUGCACAGAUGUCAUACAUAUGGGAAGGCAUGUGCUGAUUGCUGCCUUGCCAGGGACCCCUAUUGUGCUUGGGAUGGAAAUUCCUGUUCCAGAUACACCCCAACUUCAAAAAGGCGUGCAAGGAGGCAAGACGUGAAAUAUGGAGACCCGAUUACCCAGUGCUGGGAUGUUGAAGACAGCAUUAGUCAUGAAACCAGUGAUGAAAAGGUGAUUUUUGGCAUUGAAUUUAACUCAACGUUUCUGGAAUGUGUCCCAAAGUCACAGCAAGCUUCCAUUAGGUGGUUUAUUCAGCGUUCUGGAGAAGAGCACCGGGAAGAGUUGAAACCAGAUGAAAGGGUCUUCAAGACAGAAUAUGGGCUGCUAAUCCGUAGCUUGCAAAAGAAAGACACUGGGACAUAUUACUGUAAAGCACAGGAACACACGUUUGUCCACACCAUCGUGAAGUUAAACCUGAACGUUAUCGAGAACGGACAGAUGGACAGCAGUCACAGAGCAGAAGAAGAAUCAAGCCGGACACGAGAUCUGCAAGCUGAGUCCCGGUUAAGAUACAAAGAUUAUCUCCAGUUGCUCAGCAGUCCCAGCUUCAGCCUGGAUGAGUACUGUGAGCAGAUGUGGCACCGGGAAAAGAAACGGCAGCGAAACAAAGGUGGCCCAAAAUGGAAGCAUGCUCAAGAGAUUAAGAAGAAACGGAACCGGAGGCAUCACCAGCCCUCAUCUACAUAGCUUCUAGAUUUUAUUUAAAAGACGCUUGUGCAAGGGAAAGUACUUUUUGGUGGUUCUUGUGGGCAUCUCUCCAGCAACGUUGCUUCUCAAAGAGACCUGGCGGUGAAUAAUUACUAGUGUAUUUGAGAUCUUUGGACAAAUACACCAGUAAUGAGGGAGAAAGCCUUCAGGAUUUGUAUAUUCUCCAAUUCUGAAAUGAGAUAAAACAGUGAUCUGAAAAGUUCCUUGAUGAAGGAUAUCCAGUGGCUGUUCUCUUGCUUCCCCAAGGUUGAACAAAAGGCCUGUGGGACGAUUGAACUAUUAGGCUCAAGGAAACUAAAAAAUAUAUGUGGCUGUUAGACUGUGACAUUUCUUCUAGACAGACACAUCUUUGUUUCACUUAGCUGCACAGCCACAAAUGUCCUGGCAUAGAUGGACAGGUAAGAAAUGCCUUAGAUGAGGCAGUGAUGCCUUCGUAUAUAAAACCAGUGUAAUCUUAGCUUCACAGAAAGAAGAUGGACACGAGUGGCAAUCAGUUUAACAGCUGUCUAUUGAAAAGAUACAUUGACACAGAUUGGAACUGACAACUGAGAAGACAAUUGAGCAGAAGGUUGGACUAGAAGACCUUCAAGGUCCCUUCCAACUCUAUUAUUCUAUGUUCUCGUAUCCAGGAUGCAAGUGGGUGGCCAGUGCAGAAUUCCUUUGAGUAAGCAACAGGAUUUCUGACAACACCCAUUUCCUUUGGAAGAUACCAUACUUUUUUGUCCCUCUUAUCCACGUCUCACCCUGUCAUUUUAAUUCUUUUGCUGGUUUUCAGAUGUUUCUUUGAAAUGAAAUCUAGUCCAAUUAAAUCUACCAGCAAAAGGAGGGAAGCAACAUUGUUGAUAAGAUGGGAGAAAGCCGUUUCCUCAGUCUUCGUUCCGAGCACUUGAGUAUGUUAGAAGCAGUAGCGUGUUGGCAGAAUUUGUGUUUUAUAUUUUUACUAAAAUAAAAUGAAAACAAAGUCCAUGUGUAAAUAAUGCGCACAAAAGAGAUGGGCAGCUUCAAUUUCUUUUUGUAAAAUAUUCUCUCUCUUUUUUUAAUUUUUAACUUUUCGCUGCUUAAAUGAUUUAUAUGUUUUUGCAAAGGGACUCCUCAUUUUCAGUGGGUCUUAUCUCAAGCAGACAAGUGGAACAAGUCAGCCAAAGUUACAAACCUGGUUUCAUGGAAGCUGGUUUGUAGCAUCAGCAAUGAGGCCAAGGAGAGCCUGGUUUGGUGAUUUUUCAAGCUGUUUUUGCACAAAUGUUGUUGUCUUGAUGCCGGUUCUCCAUCUGUUGCCCUUGCCUCACCUACACAGAUGCACACUCUUCUACUUUUCAUGCCUUUGUCAGUGUGAAAUGACAAAUUAGCCAUUUUCCUUACAUGGAGGAAGGUUUUGAUUGAUAUCAAAAACAACAGGUUUUUCUUAUUUCUCAUGCAUUCUCUUUCUUCUUGGGAGUAAAUUUUGUGGGAAAUCCAUGUAAUUGGCAUGGCACUCAAUAAAACAAAGAUUGGUUUUGACUCUCA